GCUUAAAAAAAAUUCACGAAAUAUGAAUGUGUAAAAUGUACUAAAUUGUACUUAGUGGUACCCAGCGAAAACUGACACGCGUCCAGUAACGUGAACUCGUCAAGUAGUAAUAACAGGUUUUGAGAACGCCCCUGACGUAGCACUAUGUAUUUACUAACCGAACAGCUGAUCGCGACGUGCACUUUGCUCAACGAACGAAGCUCGCACAUUGUAUUCUUUUACUAAGGAGAAAAAAGACGUGUUUCUACAUUGAAUAGCCAUGGCUAUCGAUAAAUUUGGCGAGGAACUAGACGCCUCUCACGGGCGACAGGACAAUGGGGAUGACGAAUUGAAGCGUAUGAGCGAUGUCCUCAAGUUGUUAGAAAUGAAAAAAAGAGACGAAUCCCAGAAUUCCUCGGAAUCACAGAGCACGUGCUCAGAGGAGUCAAAUGAAAACUUGGCGCCAGAUGGUGGUUGGGGGUGGCUGGUGUGUCUGGGUAGCUUUGUCAUCAACUUCAUCCUGGACGGAACAAUGUUCUCGUUUGGGGUGAUGUUGAUGAGUCUCCUAGAGUAUUUUGACGAAUCCAAAGCCAAAACGUCUUGGAUAGGAUCAGUCCUGUUGGGGCUGAGUAUGAUAUUAGGCCCCUUCGUUGGUUGGCUGUUGGAUAGAUUUUCAAUUCGUCAGGUGACAUUAUGUGGGGCCCUUGUAGCUGCUUGUGGGUUCAUCAGCAGCACAUUCGCUCCUAACGUGGAAAUUCUGAUAUUGACUUACGGGGUUAUCGGAGGUAUCGGCUUUUGUAUGAUGUUCAUCCCUAGCAUCAUUGUGGUCGGUUUGUACUUCUGUCGAAAGAGGGCGCUUGUGACAGGAAUAGCGAUGAGCGGAUCCGGUGUGGGAACCUUCGUGUAUGCCUACCUCUGUGAAACACUGCUUUCUGAAUUCAACUGGCGAGGAACAGUAUUAAUAAUGGCGGGCAUUUUGCUAAACUGUGUCGUGUGCGCUGCUUUAUUCAGGCCACUAUCAAGCAAGCCUGCCAAGAAACAAUGUCGGGCAGCAGAAGGGAGCAAAAUAUACGACUGUGUCCAAUGUUUUGACUCAAAUGAAUCUUCAAACACCACCCUAGAUACGAAAGGGGAAGGUUUUUAUACAGGAAUGGAAAACCUGAGAAAUGGAUCAACUUUAUUCAAUUCUACCUCGGUCUUAGACAAGAGAACACGGGCCUGUAAUUCUUACAUACAGGACUUCUCUAACCGAGAGUCCAAAAUGUCUUCCAAGAGAAUGUAUUCAAGUGCAGGCGUACUAAAUCGGCCAGAUAACAAGGGACAACAAUGUUCUUUAAAAGUUUUCAAUCCGCUUACCCGAAAAGAUAUUUACUACAGCGGAAGUAUAAAAAAUAUACCAAAGAGCUUCUCGAGCUCUGAAUCUAUCCAAAGUGACCUAGGAGAGGAAUUGUCCGAAUUCGAAAUAGAGGUUAAAGAGGUCACGGACACCUCUAGCUGCGGCUGCUUGCAGAAACUUGGCGGGACUGUAGAUUUAUCUCUGAUGAAGAACAGCAAAUUUUCCCUCCUGCUUCUGUGCAUGGUGCUUUGGACAGCACAUUCCAUAACGCUGACAUUCUUACCAGAUAUGGCUGUAGCUAAUGGUAUACCACGUGAUCAGAGUGCAAGUGUCAUAUCCAUCUGUGGAAUCGCGAACACAGUGGGCCGGAUUAUGGCGGGCUUUCUUUCCGACACAUUUCAUGUCAGCAGCACAGUAAUCUACGUGGUUGCUUUGACGACAGCUGCUGCAACUAACUUCUUGUUUCCAUGGUGCUAUGAUUAUAACACGAUCGCCAUUUGUUCAGCAGUGUUUGGUUUAUGCAUGGCAAGCAUCGUUUGCCUUCGUACCAUUGUGAUAGUUGAACAGCUUGGAAUUAAGAGACUAACCAGUGCCUUCAGUAUGAUCGCUUUUUUCCAAGGAAUUGCCUUCAUUCUGAACCCCCCAGCAGCAGGUUUGCUUUACGACUCUACAAAAUCCUACAUAUAUCCGUUCAUUCUGUCCGGAAGUAUGUAUUUGGUUUCGGCCUUUGUCUGCGCUUUGAUAUUGUUCAAAAACUGUGUUUCACCAAAGGACACACAAACAGACAAUAUAUCUAUUGUGAUAGAUAGUGAAGGGACCUCUACUGAUGACAUUGAGGGGGCCUCAACCGAUGAAUCUCUACUCAACGUGCAAAAUGAUGGCAUAAUGUAAUAAAUAAUCACUGUGAUUGCGACUAUCUAAUGUAUCUAUUAGAGGCAAAACAUGUGUUCGGUUACAAUCUUCGCUUUCAGAUUACGUACUGAAAUAAAAUGCUGUAAACAGCAGUAUAUAUAGUAUUUUAAGAAAUGGGUGAUAUAUAUAGUAUUUUAAGAAAUGAGUGAUAUAUAUAGUAUUUUAAGAAAUGGGUGAUAUAUAGAAUCAUAGGCAUUUAUUGAUUUAGAAUACAUGUAACUAUUCCUUAGCUUAUCAAUGCAUCCUUAUUCUAUAUAUAUCUUGAUGUUUUACUGAUCGUAGAUGUUAAUGGCAAACCAGCAACUCAACUUCCCGACAAGCUGUAUGGCACCACCUUCUCCAUCGUUGAUUUCCCAUAUUUACAUUGCAAUAUUCCAUUGUCACCUGCAUGUUGAAGCGAUAUCGUAGAACCGGGGUUUUGUGGGGGCGGGGGCAUAAAUUUGGCGGAUAUCGGUAUUCAAGGUAUACCAUUGGAUUAAGUUUGUAUGAAUUAAUAAGCCACAAAACGGCUAUAUAGUAUGUAAGAACAUGUUCCACGUAGGAUAAAUUUCUAAACCGAGAUGGGUUACUGAUAAACAAGUUGCUGUUACAUUUCUCGUUUUAAAUAGCAUUUCACAAAUUCUAUGGUUAUAACGAUCUAGUUUGCCCAUACAACCCUGACAUUGGGCAAAUGCUGUCUAACGUGUUUCAUACAUAUUGUUAGACCAUUCCUUCCACACUUACUUUAACUACGGGUUACUCCAUUAAAAAUAUCAAGAUAUAGGGCUCACGGUGAGUGUGACCGGUCAACAGGGGGUGCUUACUCCUCCUAGACACAUGCUCCCACCUCUGGUAUGUCCAGGGGUCCGUAAUCUGGUAUUCCCGAUAGGAGUUAUGAGAUUGAUGAAUAUUUGUUAUCGUCACCAUUUCACUCUUUACGAGACUGAUCACCGUUCCUUAUCUUAACCUUUCUGAUUUAUACUGCAAUGUUUGGUAUUUACUUCGUUAUGUGUUUUUGAAUAACAUGUCAGUAUACGGUUAUAUAUUUUGUAUUUAGUGUGACUUUCUUGGUCUGGGUGCGAGUUGUAUUUAUUGUGACUGGAUGUGAGUUGUCUUCAGCAAUGCUUUCAAUUGCGACCGUGUCUUCACAAUUAUCGGUGUAUGGGUAUCGUGAAUUUACCAAAGGUUGUAUUAUUCCUCCAAAGUUUAUGAAAUAUAACUAUUUAUUUGUUGUAAGUAAACGCACAGGGAUAAAAUUGUUAUAUAAUCAUGAUAGUAUAUAAAUUUAGGGGUCUACCCCCUUCUGUAGUUCAAAAUCUUUUUUUUUUACCACCACAAAAUUAAACUGUUGCAGAUUUUAUAGUUUAUAGGCAUAUAACACGGGACUAUUUUCGUCUGAAAGGUCUGCAUGAAUUUUCGGAACGUGAUAUAAGAAAUAUUUAUUCAGAGUCGCCCAAAUAGUUUGUAAGAGAGAAUAGGUAACUUGCAUGGUGCGCAGAACUAUUCAUAUUUACUUAUAUUGUAAUAUUGGACAGUCAAAGGCUGGAAUGUAAUAUAUCAUUUGAUUACAACGGUGUCAUCAUAUUAAAGCAUGCUGACUGCUGACAUCAUCAUGUUUUAUACCGCGACAUCGUUAUAUUUCCGUGUUUUGAUUUCUACAUAAUUAUAUAAUAUGUUCAUGCGUAAAGGUUUUACACAUCAACUAUCAAUUACAUCAUCAAUUCAUUGCAGAUCAGAUUAAAAUUGGUCCUUUAGCACUGAGCUGGUCUAGAAAAAUAAUUUCUUUCUUUACAAAUAUGAUAUUUAUUAUUAGUUAUAUGUUGAAAAAAAAUAAUAAAACAUGUUGGCUCAUCA